AAGGACAUCGACUCGGCAGCAAAGACGACAGCAAUUGGCCUGCUUUUUGUUGCCGGCUGUGUCGGAAGAUACCGUCUUCUGGAACUCCCAAAGGUCUCACCUCUGUUCUGGAACUUAGAUUCCCUUCCCCUCCCUUGUUUUAGUUGGCGCAUCACUGCAGAAGACAAGACCCGACCUCUGAAAAGGAGAAAAGCGCACAUAUAAUCGCCCCGCCCGUACGGAAAAGCAGCCCCCCGAGCUGAUGAUCUGGAUACGGUACAGGGAAUUUGCUAUCAAGGAAAGCGUCAAGGACUUCAUGCGGGCCUAGGCGGAGCUGCCUGGAACGCUGAUCGGGGCGGACGGGGGCGCCGCCAUCCCGGGACCAUGAGGAACGACCUGUCGGUGGCGUUUGCCGGCGUCAGCGGGGCGGGAAGCGUCCUACGGAGCAGCGAGCCUGUCUCUCCCUCCCCGGUGGCGUCCCACGCGGCCUCCCUGUUGGAGGAAGCGGCGGAUCUGUUGGUGGUGCACAUGGACUUCGCCUCUGCCGUCGACCGCUGCGAGAAGGGCUGCGAGAGCCUUUUGGGGGAGCUGGAGAGUGAAGACUCCGGCAGCUCUGAAGAACUGAGGUGCUCCUUAUGCGUCGUGGGUAUCCAGGCCCUUGCUGAAAUGAACCGGUGGAGAGAAGUCCUCCCAUGGGUCCUCCAAUACUACCAAGUUCCGGCAUACUUGCCUCCCAAACUUCUGGAACUGUGCAUCCUCCUCCAUAGCAAAGUGAAAGAGCCUCAUGUGAUGCUGGAUAUCGGGAGCGAUUGGUUACGUGCCUCAGCCAAUCAGCACCUGCCGACUUACGGCCUGUUGGUUCAGCUGCAUCUCUUUCACGUUCUGUUGCCGCUUGGGCACUUUGCAGAAGCACAGGAGAUGGUCGAAGGCUGUAAGGCAUUAAGCAAGGAGCAGCGGCUGGAGGCACUCAGGAUCGUUAGAGAGAAGAGGCAGCAGUGGUUGCAGCAGACAAAGGAGCACCCAGAUGCUGAGGUGCGGGCAGAAAUAGCGUGGAAGACUCAGCUGGGCUCGGUGUCCCAGAAGGUGUUGACCAUCUUGGCACAGCUGGGCCGAGUGCUGGGGUCCCUAGCAGGCCAGUUCAGCUCCAUGCCUUACAAAACUGCUCUCUUAGCAGCUUUCAUGCUGUUUCUCAUCGUUGUGAAACUUGACCCAGCAUCUCCUACCUCCCUGCCCUUCAUCUACAGACUCACUCAGCUUUUCCAUCAAGCCCGCUCGGCUGUAUUUUCCCCACAUUACAGGCCUCCAGUCUGAGGCGAAACAGGGCCAUUUUCCUCAGUAAUGAAACUCUACAUACUGGAGAACCACUGAAAAGAGGCCCUGUAAGCCAGUUGGAGUGAUCCUGUUGCUGUGAGGAGAGAAAAGGUUGCAAGCGUUGUGGAAGCUUCUUCAAGUCUUUAAAAAUACUAUCUGAUUAUGCAUCUGGCCUGAGAACGAUCUUCACUGAUUUUUUCUCCCUGUUAUCCAUCUCUUGAGGAGUCUAUGAAGUUACCCACAAGCCCAUUGGUGACCUGCCAAAAUUCGUGUACUCCUCAAAACACCUUACUUAUAAACAUGUUCUACUGAGAGCAAUGGGGUUUUCCCCCAAGUUAAAUGUGUUUGUUUGGAGCAUUAAAUUACCUCUUCAAAUACUUAAUGUUUGAUUCAACCCCAUCUCCUAAAAGAGACAUCUCAAUUUCUGCUUAAUCCUGUGACUUCUCCUGGUGUGUGCUAGAAAAUUUGUGUUGUCCUUUCAAGAGUCUUGAGCCAUUUUGCUUCCUGGGGAAACAAAGUUUUAGAACUGCCACAUAUUUUCCGUCUCUCACUUUGGCUGAACAGCAAGCAAAGCAAGGUGUGUUUAGCCACCCUUUUCAACAUCACGAUGAUCCAGGUUGCCAAAAAAAAAUUUCUGCCACAGCUCCUGUGCAUUUAACAAUCUACGUGUGUUAAGUAGGAAUUCAACAGCUAGUCUUUCGGAGCAUGACGAGACAAAACUUUACCUGCUGUAUUUUUCUGUUUGUCACACAAGGCACUUAAAAGGUACAGGAGCCUUACCAAGAAGAAAAGGUGGCGACUCUGGUGGCACUCCACAAAUUAAUAAUGUAGUUUUUGUAUAAGAGAGUGCUAAAACUUUUCAUCAGCAUGUGUGCUGGUUAUUUUGAAAAAA